AUGAUAAUAGAACCUAUUAGUAAAAAUGAAGAAUCAAAAAAGAACAAAAAAAAAAAAAUUCUAGGAAAUAUAGGAGAAAAUGGAAUAAAAAAAAAAAGACGAAAUAAAAAUGAAAAUGAAAAUUACGAAAGUAAAGAUUCUAUUUAUGAACAACCUUUGUUAUUUGAUUUCUUAUUAGAAGAAGAUUUCAAGAAAUAUAAUGAUUUUGUCAAUUUUUGUGAAAAUAAUUUUUCUAAUAUUGAUAUAAAAGAAGUAAAUAAUGUAAUUAAUAAAUUGAGAAAAGAAAAAAAUGAAUAUCUUUUAAAUUAUUUGAGUAGUUCAAGUGAAGAAGAAUCAACUUUAUCAAGUGAUGAAGAGAAAAAAGAAAAAAAAAAAAUAGUUGAGAACAAACAAAAAAAAAAUAAAGAAUAUAAAAAAAAUCUAAAGUUAAUAAAUAUAAAGAAGAACAAAAAAGCAAGAAUUAAUCUUAUAAUAAUAAAAAAAAAAUAUGUAGAAGAAAAUGAUAAAAAAAAUACUGUAAUAAUAUCUCCUUUGUUUAUGCCAGUUGGUACAAAAUGCUGUAUUAAAGGAUUAAUAGAAGAAGAAGUAAAAAGUUUAUGUAACUAUGUUAUAUUAAGCAAUACCUACCAUUUAUCAAAUAUUUAUGAUAUGUCUGUUUUUCAAAAUAACAAAAAUAUAAAUAGUUUUAUAAGAUUUCCAAAUUCUAUGCUAACUGACUCAGGAGGCUUUCAAAUGGUUUCACUAAGUAAAAGAAUAAAAAUAUUGGAAGAAGGAAUAUUAUUUAAUAAUAUAUAUGAUAGCUCUAUUAUAAAAAGAAAUAUAAAUUUGUGUUUACAAAAAAAUAUAGGAAAUUGUUCUGAAAUAAAUUCCAUAAGUGGUAAAAAUACUGAAAUGAUAGAAAAAAAUAAAUAUAAUGAAAAUGAGAAAUAUUUAAAUAUAGGUGAAGAUAUAUUGUUAUCUCCUGAAGUUUCUAUAAAAUUACAAAAUAUAAUUGGUAGUGAUAUCAUAAUGGCUCUAGACGAUGUGAGACCAGCUAAGGAAAAAGACAUUAAACAAAUAGAAGAAUCUACUGAUAGAACUAAUAGAUGGUUAAAAAGAUGCAUAAAAAGUCAUCUUAAUAAAAAAGAACAAAGUUUAUUUGGUAUAAUCCAAGGAGGAUUGCAUAUUCAUUUACGAAAUAAAUCAAUGGACUAUAUUUUAAGAAAAAAAUUGAAUGGAUAUGCAGUAGGUGGUUUAUGUGGGGGAGAAAAAAAAAGAAAUUUUAUUAAAAUUAUUCAUCAUUGUUCAAAUGAAAAAAACAAGAAAUAUAAUUAUUUGCCAAUUAAUAAAUGUAGGUAUAUAAUGGGAAUAGGAUAUCUAGUAGAUAUUGUUUUUUGUUCUCUGCUUGGAUAUGAUAUGUAUGACUGUGUUUAUCCAUCAAGAACAGCUCGUUUUAAUACAGCUCUAAGUCAUGAUGGAACAGUUAAAUUAAAACAAUCAAAAUAUAAAUUUGAUUUUACUCCUCUAGAAAAAAAUUGUAAUUGCUAUGUUUGUAAAAAAUAUACAAAAUCUGCUUUACACCUACUUAUAUCAAAGAAAAAUCCAAUAACUAAUAUUUUAUUGACAAUUCAUAAUAUUUAUUUUACUUUAUAUAUAUGUUAUUUAUUAAGAGUUUCUAUUUUUGCUAACAAAGUAGACCAAUUCGUAACCACCUUUUUAUACAAUUAUUUUGUUAUUGGACAUAAAAAUGGGAAUUAUAAAAUUCCUGAUAAAGACAUAAAUGAAGACAUCGAUAAUUCAAAUGAAAUGAAUUAUGAAGAAAAUAAAAAUGAAAAACUAUAUUUGAACAAAGCAUUAGAUAACUCAUCAAUUUCUUAUGAUACUACUGAGAAUACUGUGAAUAAUUACAUAAAUAAAGAGAAUACUUUUUCUUCUUUUGAUUAUAUAGAAAAUGAAGAAAACAAAAAACAUUUCUCUUCAUCACUUAAUCAUAUUUCAUCUUUAGAUGAUUUAAACAAAACAAAAUUCACAAAUGAGGCAGAUCAUAAAAUAAAUUUAAAUCAAACUUUUCAAAUGAAUCAGGAGUCCACUUCUCAUCAUAAAUAUGACAAUUUGAAAAAAGAAAAAUUAAUAAAUGAAUUAAAACAAAAUUUACCACAAUGGGCGUUAGAAGCACUUAAAUAUGCUGAUAUAGAAUUAAAAUUUUAA